UUGACUUGAUGUUUGAGGUCAGGUUGAGCACCCUGUAACUGAGUGGAUUGCUGAGAUAAAUCUUCCUGCUGCCCAAGUUGCUGUGGGGAUGGGAAUUCCUCUCUGGCAAAUCCCUGAGAUAAGACGGUUCUAUGGUAUAGAACAUGGUGGAGGUUAUGAUUCUUGGAGAAAAACAUCUGUCGUAGCCCCCCCUUUUGAUUUUGAUAAAGCUGAAUCUAUAAGGCCAAAAGGUCAUUGUGUGGCUGUACGUGUGACAAGCGAGGAUCCUGAUGACGGGUUCAAACCAACCAGCGGUAGAGUACAGGAAUUGAGUUUUAAGAGCAAGCCAAAUGUAUGGGCGUACUUCUCUGUAAAGUCCGGUGGAGGCAUCCACGAGUUCUCAGAUUCUCAGUUUGGACAUGUUUUCGCAUUUGGGGAAUCCAGAGCUCUGGCAAUAGCGAAUAUGGUUCUUGGGCUAAAAGAAAUUCAAAUCCGUGGAGAAAUUAGGACUAACGUUGACUACACCAUCGACCUUUUACAUGCUGCUGAUUACCGGGAAAACAAAAUUCACACUGGUUGGUUGGACAGUAGGAUUGCUAUGCGGGUCAGAGCUGAAAGGCCUCCAUGGUAUCUCUCUGUUGUUGGCGGGGCUCUCUAUAAAGCAUCAGCGACCAGUGCUGCUGUGGUUUCUGAUUACGUUGGCUAUCUGGAGAAGGGGCAAAUUCCUCCAAAGCAUAUAUCUCUUGUGCAUUCUCAAGUGUCUCUGAAUAUUGAAGGAAGUAAAUAUACGAUUGAUGUAGUCCGGGGUGGAUCAGGAACGUACAGGCUAAGAAUGAACAAAUCAGAAGUUGUAGCAGAAAUACACACUCUACGUGAUGGAGGUCUGUUGAUGCAGUUGGAUGGUAAAAGCCAUGUGAUAUAUGCAGAGGAGGAAGCUGCAGGAACUCGUCUUCUUAUUGACGGAAGAACUUGUUUACUACAGAAUGAUCACGAUCCUUCGAAGUUGAUGGCUGAGACACCAUGCAAGUUGCUGAGGUAUUUGAGAUGUGCUGCAACUUUAAAUGCUGCUCGCAUGAUUCUUGCUGGCUAUGAGCAUAAAGUAGAUGAGGUUGUUCAAGACUUACUUAAUUGCCUUGAUAGCCCUGAACUGCCAUUUCUUCAGUGGCAAGAGUGCUUUGCAGUUCUGGCGACACGACUACCUAAAGAUCUCAGGAACAUGCUAGAAUCAAAGUAUAGGGAAUUUGAGAGUAUCUCCAGAAACUCCCUGACUGCCGAUUUCCCUGCCAAACCUUUAAAAGGCAUUCUUGAGGCACAUUUAUGUUCUUGUGAUGAUAAAGAGAGAGGUGCCCUAGAGAGGCUCAUUGAACCAUUGAUGAGCCUUGCAAAAUCUUAUGAAGGUGGAAGAGAAAGUCAUGCCCGUGUUAUUGUUCAUUCCCUCUUUGAAGAAUAUCUAUCAGUUGAAGAAUUAUUCAAUGAUAACAUGCUGGCUGAUGUUAUAGAACGCAUGCGUCAGCAAUAUAAGAAAGAUCUGUUGAAGAUUGUUGAUAUAGUGCUCUCACACCAGGGCAUAAAAAACAAAAACAAACUCGUUCUUCGGCUCAUGGAGCAACUUGUUUACCCUAAUCCUGCUGCGUAUAGAGAUAAACUUAUCCGAUUCUCAACACUUAACCAUACUAACUACUCUGAGCCCUAUGUCGUUAAAGAAAGCGUGAGGAUGCAGUGGCACCGUUCUGGUCUUAUUGCUUCCUGGGAGUUCCUAGAGGAGCAUAUGGAAAGAAAAAACUUUGGCUUAGACGAUCAAGAGACAUCCGAAAAAGGAAUUCUUGAGAAACGUAGUAAGAGAAAAUGGGGGGCUAUGGUUAUAAUCAAAUCGCUACAGUUUCUGCCAAGUAUAAUAAGUGCAGCAUUGAGAGAAACAAACCACAACGACUAUGAAACUGCCGGAGCUCCUUUAUCUGGCAAUAUGAUGCACAUUGCUAUUGUGGGCAUCAACAAUCAGAUGAGUCUUCUUCAGGACAGUGGGGAUGAGGACCAAGCUCAGGAAAGAGUAAACAAGCUGGCCAAAAUUCUUAAAGAGGAAGAAGUGAGUUCGAGCCUCUGUUCUGCCGGUGUUGGUGUAAUCAGCUGUAUAAUUCAGCGAGAUGAAGGCCGAACACCCAUGAGACAUUCUUUCCAUUGGUCAAUGGAUAAACAGUAUUAUGUAGAAGAGCCAUUGCUGCGUCAUCUUGAACCUCCUCUGUCCAUAUAUCUUGAGUUGGAUAAGCUGAAAGGAUACUCAGAUAUACAAUAUACGCCUUCACGAGAUCGUCAGUGGCAUCUGUAUGCUGUUACAGACAAGCCAGUGCCAAUUAAGAGGAUGUUCCUGAGAUCUCUUGUUCGACAGGCUACAAUGAAUGACGGCUUUAUGUUGCAGCAAGGGCAGGAUAAGCAACUUAGCCAAACACUAUUCUCCAUGCCAUAUACCUCUAAAUGUGUUUUGAGGUCUUUGAUGGAUGCCAUGGAGGAACUGGAACUGAAUGCCCAUAAUGCUUCCAUGAAACCAGACCACGCACAUAUGUUCCUUUGCAUACUACGUGAGCAGCAGAUAGAUGAUCUUGUGCCUUACCCCAGGAGAGUUGAAGUGAAUGCGGAAGAUGAAGAAACUACAGUCGAGAUGAUCUUAGAAGAAGCAGCACGAGAUAUACAUAGAUCUGUUGGAGUGAGAAUGUAUAGGUUGGGCGUGUGCGAAUGGGAAGUUCGGUUGUGGUUGGUGUCCUCUGGACUGGCAAGUGGUGCUUGGAGGGUUGUGGUUGCAAACGUGACAGGUCGUACAUGCACUGUACAUAUAUACCGAGAAGUUGAAACUACUGGGAGAAACAGUUUAGUGUACCACUCAAUAACCAAGAAAGGACCUCUGCAUGGAACCCCUAUCAAUGAUCAAUAUAAGCCACUGGGAUAUCUCGACAGACAACGUCUAGCGGCAAGGAGGAGUAACACUACUUAUUGCUAUGACUUCCCGUUGGCAUUUGGGACAGCCUUGGAACUGUUGUGGGCAUCACAAUACCCAGGAGUUAAGAAACCAUAUAAAGAUACUCUGAUCAAUGUUAAAGAGCUUGUAUUCUCAAGCCCAGAAGGUUCUUCGGGUACAUCUCUUAAUCAGGUUGAAAGACCACCGGGUCUCAAUGACUUUGGAAUGGUGGCGUGGUGCCUAGAUAUGUCGACUCCCGAGUUUCCUAUGGGACGAAAACUUCUGGUAAUCGCAAAUGAUGUCACCUUCAAAGCUGGUUCGUUUGGUCCUAGAGAGGAUGCAUUUUUCCUUGCUGUUACUGAACUCGCUUGUGCCAAGAAGCUUCCCUUGAUUUACUUGGCAGCAAAUUCUGGUGCGCGACUUGGGGUUGCUGAAGAAGUCAAAGCCUGCUUCAAAGUUGGAUGGUCAGAUGAAAUUUCCCCUGAGAAUGGUUUUCAGUAUAUAUACCUAAGCCCUGAAGACUACGAACGGAUUGGAUCAUCUGUCAUUGCCCACGAAAUGAAGCUCACCAGUGGGGAAACAAGGUGGGUAAUUGAUACGAUCGUUGGUAAAGAAGAUGGUAUUGGUGUAGAGAACUUAACAGGAAGUGGGGCAAUAGCGGGUGCUUACUCAAGGGCGUACAAUGAAACUUUUACUUUGACCUUUGUUAGUGGAAGAACGGUUGGAAUUGGUGCUUAUCUUGCCCGCCUGGGUAUGCGAUGCAUACAGAGACUUGACCAGCCGAUCAUCUUGACCGGCUUUUCUACGCUCAACAAGUUGCUUGGGCGUGAGGUCUAUAGCUCUCACAUGCAACUUGGUGGCCCUAAAAUUAUGGGCACUAAUGGUGUUGUUCAUCUUACAGUCUCAGAUGAUCUUGAAGGCGUAUCCGCAAUUCUCAACUGGCUGAGCUACAUUCCUGCUUACGUGGGUGGUCCUCUUCCUGUUCUUGCCCCUGUAGAUUCACCAGAGAGAACUGUGGAGUACGUCCCAGAGAAUUCUUGUGACCCACGAGCCGCUAUAGCUGGGAUUAACGACAAUACCGGUAAAUGGCUUGGCGGUAUCUUUGAUAAAAAUAGCUUUAUUGAGACUCUUGAAGGCUGGGCAAGGACGGUAGUGACUGGUAGAGCUAAGCUCGGGGGAAUACCCGUUGGAGUUGUUGCAGUUGAGACACAGACUGUAAUGCAGAUCAUCCCAGCAGAUCCUGGACAGCUUGACUCUCAUGAAAGAGUGGUUCCGCAAGCAGGGCAGGUCUGGUUUCCUGAUUCUGCAGCCAAGACAGCUCAAGCGCUCAUGGAUUUCAACCGGGAAGAGCUUCCCUUGUUUAUCCUUGCGAACUGGAGAGGAUUUUCAGGUGGGCAGAGAGAUCUUUUCGAAGGAAUACUUCAGGCUGGUUCAACUAUAGUAGAAAAUCUGAGAACAUAUCGGCAGCCAGUGUUUGUGUACAUCCCAAUGAUGGGAGAGCUGCGUGGUGGAGCGUGGGUUGUUGUUGACAGCCAAAUAAAUUCGGAUUAUGUUGAAAUGUAUGCUGAUGAAACUGCUCGUGGAAAUGUGCUUGAGCCAGAAGGGACGAUAGAGAUAAAAUUUAGAACGAAAGAGCUGUUAGAGUGCAUGGGAAGGUUGGACCAGAAGCUAAUCAGUCUCAAAGCAAAACUGCAAGAUGCCAAGCAAAGCGAGGCUUAUGCGAGCAUCGAGCUUCUCCAGCAACAGAUUAAAGCCAGAGAGAAACAGCUUUUACCAGUUUAUAUCCAAAUUGCCACCAAAUUUGCGGAACUUCAUGACACUUCCAUGAGAAUGGCUGCGAAAGGAGUGAUCAAAAGUGUUGUUGAAUGGAGCGGCUCGCGGUCCUUCUUCUAUAAAAAGCUCAAUAGGAGAAUUGCUGAGAGCUCUCUUGUGAAAAACGUACGGGAAGCGUCUGGAGACAACUUACCAUAUAAAUCUGCAAUGGGUUUAAUUCAGGAUUGGUUCUGCAAUUCAGAUAUUGCCAAGGGGAAAGAAGAUGCUUGGACAGACGACCAAGCGUUCUUUACAUGGAAGGACAAUGUUAGUAACUACGAAUUGAAGCUGAGCGAGUUGAGAGCGCAGAAACUGCUGAAUCAACUUGCAGAUAUUGGGAAUUCGUCGGAUCUGCAAGCUCUACCUCAGGGUCUUGCUAAUCUUCUAAACAAGGUGGAACCUUCAAAAAGAGAAGAGCUGGUGGAUGCGCUACGAAAAGUGUUGGGUUAAUGAUUAAUCAAAGAGGUUUAGCUUCUGUUCCAAGAAAGAUGGACAUUUAGAGUUGCCGUUGAAGUUAUUAUAUUUGCUGUAAAUGUUGUUGUAGCUUUUGUCAUUCCCGUAUUAGCGAAUUACGCAAUAAUUCAUUCAACAUGUCACUAUAAUUCGAUAAAUAUUUAUAUUUUUAAGAA